CACACACACAUUCUCUCUGUUACCCCGUUUCUGCUUACCCAAUUGAACUAAAGCUCUUAUGGAAGGAGGGUCGAGCUCAAAAAACAUAGAGAAAGCCGACACAGCUAAGGGUCGACCAAAACCCGGCUCUUGGCCUCCGAAAGUCGAGCCCUUUGUACCAAGAACUGAUCACAAUCCGAGAGAAUUGAAAUCUUGGGCAAAGAGGACUGGUUUCAAUCCCACUUUUUCAGGAGAAACAGCAUCCAGUGUUAUCGAGAAAGACCUCAACGAGAAGAAUGACAGUGCUGGGUUUGAUUUAGAGAAGGGUCUUGAUAGGAGAGGAGGAUCUUCGCCGAAAAUUGAAAUUGAUCCGAUUUUGGGUCGUACAAGAGGGAACAGAGGAGCUGAAAUUGAGCCCGUUUCUGGUACUGGGAAUGGAAGGAAGCAUGAAAGUGACGCUGGUGACGGUUUGAGGAACGAACCAGAAAGAAUUGAAACACAGAAGAGAAGAAAUGAGCCUAUGUUGGGUUCAAAGGAUGAUGACAAGAAAGUUGAUUUGAAUGGGAAUGGCAAUGGCAAUGGCAAUGGCAAUGCAGGUGGGAGUGUGCUGGAAGCCCCAGAGAUUCCUCUAAACGUAGAAGCCAAGAAAGAUGACGGCAAGAUCGAUAGGGAAGUGGAAAUUGAUGUUUCUCCUGAUAAUGCAGAAACUAGUCUCUGGGGCCUGGGCAGACCAUCGGGGAUUAGGUGCCGGCUCAGAGAAAACCCUGGUCCUGUCACUCUUAUGUAUUAUGGUUUACAGCACUAUUUGUCGUUGGCUGGUUCACUUAUUUUCAUUCCCUUAGUCAUGGUACCAGCCAUGGGUGGAACAGAUGAGGAUACAGCCACUGUGAUUUCCACAAUGCUUUUGGUAUCUGGCAUUACAACAAUAUUACACUCCUACUUUGGAACUCGGCUUCCUUUAGUUCAAGGAAGUUCAUUUGUAUUCCUCGCCCCAGCUUUAGUCAUCAUGAACUCUCAAGAGUACCGAAAUCUUACUGAACAUAAAUUUAGGCACAUAAUGAAGGAACUACAAGGUGCUAUAAUUAUUGGUUCAAUUUUCCAGAGCUUCCUGGGAUACAGCGGUCUCAUGUCUCUUCUUCUGAGAUUGAUAAACCCAAUUGUGGUUGCACCGACUGUUGCUGCAGUGGGUUUAGCAUUUUUUUCUUAUGGAUAUCCUCAAGCUGGUAGUUGCGUGGAAAUCAGCCUUCCCCAGAUACUUCUAGUUCUUAUUUUCAGUCUGUACCUUCAAGGAGUUUCCAUAUUUGGGCAUCGAAUAUUCCGGGUCUAUGCGGUUCCCCUUAGUGUUGCAAUCAUAUGGGCAUACGCAUUCUUUUUGACAGCUGGUGGAGCGUACAACUACAAGGGCUGCAACCCCAACAUACCUAGCUCAAACAUCUUAUCUAAUGCAUGUAGAAAGCAUGCAUUUACCAUGAAGCAUUGUCGAACAGAUGCUUCCAGUGCGUGGAGAAAUGCUGCUUGGGUUCGAGUUCCUUACCCUUUACAGUGGGGUAUUCCAACAUUUCACUUGAGGACUUCCAUGAUCAUGAUCAUUGUGUCACUGGUUGCAACAGUUGAUUCGGUUGGAACGUAUCACUCCGCAUCUUUACUAGUUAAUUCAAAGCCUCCGACACCAGGAAUUGUUAGCAGAGGAAUAGGAUUGGAAGGUUUUUGUAGUAUACUGGCUGGACUUUGGGGUACUGGCACUGGUUCAACAACCUUGACAGAGAAUUUGCAUACCAUAGACAUUACAAAAGUGGCAAGUCGGAGAGCUGUAGAACUUGGAGCAGUGUUGUUGAUCUUCUUCUCAUUUAUAGGGAAAGUGGGUGCCCUUAUAGCUUCAAUACCACAAGCUUUGGCAGCUUCUUUACUUUGCUUCAUCUGGGCUCUGAUUGUGGCAUUGGGUCUAUCAACAUUGCAGUAUGGUCAAGCAGCAAGCUUUAGGAACAUAACAAUAGUUGGUGUUUCCUUGUUUCUAUCUUUAUCCAUUCCUGCAUAUUUCCAACAAUAUCAGUCAAAUAUCAGCUUCAUAUUGCCAAGUUAUUUUGUUCCUUAUGCAGCAGCAUCAAAUGGACCAGUUCACACUGGUAGUAGAGAACUCGAUUUUGCUAUAAAUGGUCUUCUGUCGCUUAACAUGGUGGUGGGAUUCUUGCUGGCAUUUAUACUGGACAACACAGUUCCUGGCAACCGGCAAGAACGAGGAGUUUACAUAUGGUCAAGUGCUGAAGACCUGGCAAAUGACUCAUCUCUUCUCGCAGAUUAUUCCCUUCCAAUAAAAGUUGGCCGGUAUUUUCAGUGGGCAAAAUGUGUUGGUGCAUGACAUGGCAUUUAGCAGCAGCCUGUAAGUUUGCGUUUUUUAGUGAAAUUGCCACUUUUUACAUCAAUUGUUGGAGAGGGCAGAGUAGUAGAAAGAUGGGGAAAGGAGAUUAUUUGUGAUUUUAAUUUACAUAUAUCCUAAUUUGUUACAUUGUACUGAAUAAAAAACGGAACAAUCAG